CGGAGGGCCAGGGUGCAGGGAUGGCCGGGCGGACGGCGGGGCUGAUGCUGCUGGCUGGGGCCGCCGCGCUAGCAAGCGGCUCCCAGGGCGACCGCGAGCCAGUGUACCGCGACUGCGUGCUGCAGUGCGAGGAGCGGAACUGCUCGGGGGGCGCACUGAAGCACUUCCGCUCCCGCCAGCCAAUCUACAUGAGUCUAGCAGGCUGGACCUGUCGGGACGACUGUAAGUAUGAGUGUAUGUGGGUCACCGUUGGCCUCUACCUCCAGGAAGGUCACAAAGUGCCUCAGUUUCAUGGCAAGUGGCCCUUCUCCCGGUUCCUAUUCUUCCAAGAGCCAGCUUCUGCUGUGGCCUCUUUCCUCAAUGGCCUGGCCAGCCUGGUGAUGCUCUGUCGCUACCGCACCUCCGUACCAGCCUCCUCUCCUAUGUACCCCACCUGCGUGGCCUUCGCCUGGGUCUCCCUCAAUGCUUGGUUCUGGUCCACAGUCUUCCACACCAGGGACACCGACCUCACAGAGAAAAUGGACUACUUCUGUGCCUCCACCGUCAUCCUACACUCAAUCUAUCUGUGCUGUGUCAGGACUGUGGGGCUGCAGCACCCGGCUGUGGCCACUGCCUUCCGGGCCCUCCUCCUGCUGAUGCUGACUGCUCACAUCUCCUACCUGAGCCUCAUCCACUUUGACUAUGGCUACAACCUGGCGGCCAAUGUGGCUAUUGGCCUGGUGAACGUGGUGUGGUGGCUGGCCUGGUGCCUGCGGAACCAGCAGCGGCUGCCUCAUGUGCGCAAGUGCAUGGUGGUGGUCCUGCUGCUGCAGGGGCUGUCUCUGCUUGAGCUGCUUGACUUCCCGCCUCUUUUCUGGGUCCUGGAUGCCCACGCCAUCUGGCACAUCAGCACCAUCCCAGUCCAUGUCCUCUUUUUCAGCUUCCUGGAAGAUGACAGCCUGUAUCUGCUGAAGGAAUCAGAGGCCAAAUUCAAGCUGGACUGAAGGCCCUUGGAGCGGGUCUGCCCACUGGGGAUCCUGCCCCCUCCCUGCUAUCUCUCCUUCUCCCCCCAAUCUUUGAGAUGAUUUUUUUCCUUUUAGCAUCUUGAACUUGGACAUGAAGGGUGUGGGCCCAGAAUCAUGUAACCUGCCCAUCCCCUUUCUUGCCCCCACGUUGUCCUCACAGGUCUUCAGCACCUAUUUGGGCCUGGCCUCUCAGCAUCUGGGGCUGGAGAAGGGGCAGGCCCUCUGGUUCCUGGAGCUGCACUAGGGAAGAACUGUGUUCCUAGCUCCAUUGAGGGGAGAGCUGCCUCUGCCUCCUCCAGGCGUCCCCUCACUGCCUGAGUGGUUCCCAGAGCCCUCUGUCUAGCUGGGAGAUCAGAUUCCACAGGCCUUUGGGGAUACAGUGGGGUCCCCUUCUGUUGCCCACCCCAUGCCCUCCUCCAGGGCACCACUAGGUGGCACUAGACCCUUGCUCUUUGGCUUGCUCGAGUUUUAAGGCAGGUCUCAUUCUCCCCAGCGAAUCUUGAGGGACCAAGCUACUGGGAUUGGGGAGGGGUCUCACUCUGACUGUUGCCCCAACCAGACCCCCAGGAGGCCUCACCAGGACCCCAGAGGGCCCAGAACAGGAAUCCCUUUGACCCCUGUGCUACUGUUGUGGUUGGGAGCCUGCACACAAGUGUGUAAGGGAGUGUGGGCCAGACUGAGUGUUAGGUGACGGGGUGGUGGGCCCAGGCCUGGGGGGUGUGGGAUGCUGGGUGGGACUAUGUGUGAGCACCGGCCUGGGGCAGUGUGGAAGGCGGGGGUGGUGAGUGGUUUUAAAGUGUGUGUGUUGAGGGGCAGGCAGGUUAGUGUGGGUUAGGGGAAUAUGCAUAGACUUGAGUGUGAGAUGAGUGUGAGUGCAGGUGAGUGUGCUACACAGUGGGGAGAGGUUGGAGCAGGAUAGGGUGAAUCAAGUCACCAUCAACAACCAUUUAUUGAGCACCAACUCUGCACAAGGCCCCAGGCCAGGCAGAGAGUAAGGAUAUCCCCAGGAUCUGGGGGGGGUAUGGGUGUCCAGGCUGCGUGUGUGUGUGUGCGCGCGCGUGCUCUUGUCCGUUUCCCCUCUCGUUUGCAAACCUGAUAGUGCCCCACACAGCUCAAGAUCACCCUCCAGAACCAGCCCCCACAAAGGCAGAGAAAUGGGGAUCCUCUGGGCCUCUCCAGCUCCCUGUCUCCUUGCCUAGGCAUGGUUGAACUUCCCGCUCCUCCAGUGCCCGCCUGCUAGCCCCUUCACCACAGCCUGGACCUUGGGGAGGGAGAGGGGCCAUCUGAGGGAGGAGGGGAGGAGGCUUGUGGCUGGGUCUGGUUUCUGGCCUCCCAAAGGCAGGCAGGGGCCACCUCGUGCCUGCACUCCAGUAAAGGUGACCCCUGCCAGUUGCCAGCAGCCCUAGCACAUUCCUGCUCCACAAGGAUAGAAUGUGGAGCUCCAGAAACUUUCCAUUCAAAGGCACUCUCUGUGAUUGGAGCACGGAGUCUGGAUUCUUGUUCUGUCCCUGCCCCGGGUCCCACACCAGGGGUAGGGCACUAUGCUAGGGCUCCCAUCUCAGGGACUUGGGUGGCCUGUGUUAGUUUCUUUUGAUACUGAGAACUAUUUUAAGGUAGGAGGGUACAAGGGACAUUCUUAAUAAACCAAUUCUCAGCCUCA